CAUGGACUAUACGGGCUGUCGUGUUCUCGGACCCCGUAUGCUCAGGCUGAUGUGACAGCUAGAACAAACUGUACUCCUUCUGCAUUGUAAAACAGCUGAUGAAUAAAACAUGGCGCACGAAUAAAGUUUGCUAAAAGUCACAUAUCUUACACCCGGGAUACAAAUGAAAGGGCGAAUUUGAACUAUACACAUGUCGAUAUCAGCCGAAUGUGGAAGGACCCAAAUGCAGACACCGAGUGGAAUGACAUUUUGCGGAAAAAGGGCAUCCUUCCUCCGAAAGAUGAUCCAGAGAAAGAGCAUGAGACGCUAGAGGAUGAGAUCAUUCAGAACCAGCAGUCAGUUGAUAACAAAAAUGGAUAGGACAGGAAAUUGCACCAAAGCACCUUUGAAAUUUAAAAGGUAUGAGGACAUGACUCUGGAUGAGCUAGAAGAGAAUGAAGAUGAAUUUGGUGAGGAAGAUGAAAGAGCUAUUGAGAUGUACAGACAACAAAGAAUAGCCGAAUGGAAAGCAAAGCAGAUGAAGAAAGUGUUUGGAGAAGUUUUGGAAAUUUCUGGAUCAGAAUAUGUACAGGAAGUAACUAAAGCUAGUGAGGAAUUAUGGGUAAUACUGCACCUUUACAAACAAGGGAUACCUAUAUGUGCCUUGAUAAAUAGACAUCUCAGUGAACUGGCAAAGAAGUUCCCAGAGACAAAAUUCAUCAGAGCGAUAUCCACAACCUGCAUUCCCAACUAUCCAGAUAGGAAUCUCCCCACGAUCUUUAUUUACCGAGAUGGCGACAUCAAGGCACAGUUUGUUGGACCCUUGGUAUUUGGAGGCAUGAAUCUAACAAAAGAUGAACUGGAGUGGAAGCUGUCAUGUUCUGGUGCAAUCAAGACUGAACUGGAGGAAAAUCCAAGACAACAGAUUGAAGAUAAAAUGAUGUCAUCCAUCAGGACUAGUGCUCCAAAGGACAUUGAUUCUGAAGAGGAUUAGUUGUUGAAGUGCUAUGGCAGUGGUCCCCAAGCACCGGGUCGUGGCCCAGUGUUUGGUGACCACUGUGCUAUAGGACAAAUUUUCUGAUCCGGUUGUUAUCAAAUAAUUCUGAUAUAAAGUGUACCUAAACUGUGCCUCUUUUGUUCCUUGAGCUUCACUGUUGGUGAAUGCAGAAUCUGCAAAAGUGGAGCAACACAUUAAGCGAGAAUUUAAAAUAUGAAUUAAGAAAAUAUUUGAAAUUUUAAAGUAGUAACUUGGUAAAGUCUGUUUUUUUAAUUAAGGAAGAUGGGUUUAUCAUGAGAAAUAAGGCAUUCUCAUUCAAAAUAAAAUGAUGUAGAUGCUGGAAAUCCAAAGUAAAACCUAAAAAAAUAUAUAUACAUCUGUGGAGAGAGAAAUGGGUGGUAUUUCAGGUCAAUCAUUUUUACUUGCAAAGUGAGUGGAGAGAGAGCAAAGAGGAGAUUCUUUUGGAUAUUGGAAUUUGUCAUUAGACCCCCUUUUUAGUUCUUUCAUACUGGUCGAAAAAUUGCAAAACGUGUGGAGAGUAAAAUGGCCUAGGGUAGGAUUAGUAUGAAAAUACCUGAUAGUUGGUGUAAACUUGGUGUGCAAAGGGCCUCAUUGUAUGCUAUAGCAAGUUCUUGAUCAUUUGGCCAGGUAAUAUCUGUAAUUGUUAUUUUAAUGAUUCUUGUUUUGUGGGCUUUUACUUAAAGUUAGGACACUUUCUGUGAUGGCAUUUAGUUGUAAAAUCUAGACAUACCAUCCAAUGCCAAUACCUCAACACAUGUUAAACAAAAUGCUUCAAUUCAUUGCAAUAAAAUAGGGUCAAAGAGGA